GAACAAUACGCUAUUUCUUGAUGUUGAUUAUAAUAUGGAGGAAACGAAAUUCACAUAUUCCGCAGAUGAGGGUGUUUUGGCAGUCACCCACUUCAACAGGCUGAUAGCUCAAAUUGAGAUCGGGCCAAGCUACAACGCGAGGUAUUUGAAAUUGGUGGGCAGCUCAUCGGGCACUAGAAUAGUCUACGGGCUCGCCGAUCCAAACAGCCCCCCAGCUGUAUGCUCGUGUGAACCAAUUUUUUCUAAAGAGCCAGUUUAAGCGACUUCUUUCGCAUCUCACUCCGCAUUUGCAAUCUAGUCCCUGAGUUUAUCCCUUUGUUCUAAUUCUAUUAUGUAUAGCGGAGAUCGAAAAGUACAUAGAAUACCAC